AUUUAGGAAGCACUAUGGUCGAGCAGUCGGAUCGCGCUCCACUGCUCAACUGGGAGGAGAUUCAACCAACCGAACUGACCCAAGCGGUUCCCGCACCAGCAAAAGAAAAUGGAUCGGAAUCAAAUCCGCCAGACGGCCGCUCUCUGGGAAGUACCGCGCUUGCCAUCGGGAGGAGCACCAGCUCUUGGGGUCCAGCAAGUGUAACAACGGUUCCCAGGGUGAACAGGAUCCCCCACCUUGACCACUCUGGCCCGUGGGGUGUUCCCAGUCCCAUCCAUGCCGACUCUAGAAUAUCUCUGAAAGAACGAAUGGGAUGGGAGGAAAAGGACCAAAUAGUGGCUGUGUUUGUGGUAACCUUUGACACAAGAUCAGGUAACAUGGUGGAAUGGUGCUUACCCCAAGACGUGAAUCUUGACGGAGUGGAAUUCAAGUCAAUGGCGAGCGGAUCACACAGAAUCGCCAACGACUUCAUAUAUUUCCGUAAAGGCUGCUACUUUGGGCUGGCUUGUUUUGCUAACAUGCCUGUUGAGAGUGAAUUGGAGAGAGGGGCGCGGAUGAAAUCUGUGGGUAUUCUGUCUCCCUCUUACACCCUCCUAUACCGCUACAUGCACUUCCUCGAGAACCAGGUUAGACACCAGCUGCAGUGCCCUGGCUCGUACUCUCCUCUGGAGGCCUUCUAUGAGGAUAAGAAAGCUGUGCUGCCCCCAGCAGGGAACGGCCUGGUCAUUGCUUGUCCAACCAGUGCCUGGGUCCCAGCCAUCAACCGCUGCAUGCACCCAGAGAUGAAGAUCACCCACCCGGCCGGCUGCAUGUCCCAGUUCAUCCACUUCUUUGGGGAGCAGAUCAUGGUACUGUGGAAGUUUGCCCUGCUCCGAAAACGCAUCCUCAUCUUCUCCCCACCACCUGUGGGUGUGGUGUGUUACAGGGUGUACUGCUGUUGCUCUCUGGCCAACAUCUCGAUACCUGGGAUAGGUGUGGCUGUGCCCAAGUUCCGCCCCUUCUUCUACAUCAAUGUGGCAGAUAUCGCUGCCCUGGCAACAGAGAUGUCAUACGUGGCCUGUACCACAGAGAAGAUCUUUGAGGAGAAGAAGGAGCUGUAUGAUGUAUACGUUGACAACCAGAAUGUGAAGACACACAGAGUUAGCCUGCAGCCACUACUCCGGCUGAAUGGGGUGGACCGGGAGAAGUAUAGGAAACUGAGCGAACAGAGGCAAAUGCUACUUUACACUCAGGAGGUGGAUGGAGACUGGACAUCAAAUGAGGAGGACCUCUUUAUCCUGUUUUUCAUGGAGCAGAAUAACCGUAUCUUCCAGAUUCUAUCGGAGGUGGCGGCGAGUGCGGACCCCACCCUGACGGCAGAGCACAUGAGGGCCAUGGGGCUGGACCCUCAGGCAGACCGCACAUUCCUGGUGGACCUGCUGGAGCUCUAUGGCAUUGAUGCCAUGCUGGUCAUCGAUAACCCCUGCUGCCCCUGAGCCCUGUGUGGCCUGACCUCCUCUCUCCUGCUCCCCUGAAGACACAGCCUCCUACUCUUCCUCCCCUGGCCUCCUGCCCAGUCAAACGCCUGCAGGUGUCUCUCGAUCUCUCGCCCGGCUCCGGGAUACAGCUGUCUUUGGCCAGUGUUAACUUAGAGACAGCUCACCUGGUCAAUUGGGCCACGAUGAUAGACACUGCCUGGACUCUGCAGUUUCACAUUCAACAGCCACUUGUCUUGUUUGUCUGUUCGCUUGGAUCACUGCUUGGAUCACCAGCCUUAGUCACUGGAAGUGGAAGUUCCGUUGAACCUUUGAUCAAUGUGCCUCGUUGUACUGCUCCCAAUACUAUGGAGCACUGCUGACUUUGACCAACAGCACCAUGGAGCUACAGUAGGUAUCCAGUUUGGGGAUGGAUAAUUGAUUGUUCCUCUCACUUGGAACCUUAACUCCAAAUUCAGCCAUGGCACCAAGCCCUUUUUUCUUACGUCUUUACAGAGGAUUCUACCUAACCAUGUAUAGUGUAAUACUAAAUAUUCACGUGAUUGUCAGGGCUUUUAUUUUAUGGAUUUCAAUCCUUCUGCUGAAUUACUUUACCAUGAUAUUGUUUCCCAAACUUCUGCAUCAGGUUUGCUGAGAGUAAAGAUCACCUCGAGGGGUUUCACUCGGUUUUCCUCUUAAAAAAACAAAUGAUGCUGAAGUUAAUCAACCUUUAUUUUUCAGAAUGAAAAAAGGAGCAAUGUGAAUAUUUGUGUGUUUGACAAAUUUCAAUAAUCAAGAAAGAUUCACACAUCAAGACUAAUUCACAUGAAUCUGCUUCACAUAAACAUGAAGACCUCUUUUGGUUCAAAUAGGAAUACUGUUUUUGUCAGCUAAUCAUACACAUUAAAAGGGAAAGAUGAGUCAUCCAAGGAGGUAUUUAUUAUGGAGCUAAGAUAUUUGUUAAAUACUGUAACAUUUCAUUAGAGACUGCACCUGUUUGUCUGAUUUGGUCCAAUGCUGACACUUAUAUGGCAGACUCCGGUCACUUUUAUAUGGUUUACUUGUUCCACAGUCACAUUGCACAUGUGUAUGGUGACUUCUGGAUAAUGUGUUGUGUGGUGUUUUAUCAAGUUUUCUAAUUAGACUUUUAAAAUUGUGAACCUGGAAACUUAAAUGAAUGUGAUUCUAUGACACUAACUUAUCAUGAAUACUGCACCACACUGCAACCUCUGGACUCUUGUUUGAUGACCACAUGAUUAUGGGUAAACUUGUUUGUGCUCUGAUUUAAUGGACCAAUGUUGUCAGCAGAGAAACUAUUUAUAAAAGUGAAGUCAGUGAUGUAAAUGUCUUGUCUGUCUCGGGCCAGCAGGAAGCUUUCUGUGUUGUGUACUUUAGUUUUUGUUUGAUUCAAACUGUGCUGCCCGUUUAUCAAUGAGAUUUGUUGCAGAUUAAAUUAAAUCCACGGGUGGUCUGAGAGGGCAGAUACAACUCCAGUGUUUCUUUCUUGUUGGAACUUGUCAGCUGCAGGUAGGAGAUUGUUGUGCCACGUCAAUGUAACAAUGACUCCUUUGUAUUCUUAGUUCUCUGGUGAUGUCAUGCUUGAGGUUCACAGAGGGAUUUACCCCCCUCUCUGGGCAGACUGACAGAACCCGAUAUAAGAUCAGUUUUUAUUGUUAUCUUUAUAAGAUUACAUGGACGGGGACUUGAUCCUAGAUCACCAUUCCUACUCUGAGACCCUUUUUGAAAACGGGCCCUGGAGAUUACAUUAUUUUGUUCAAAUAGUCCUGGGAGACAGUUUUAAAUCAAUGUAUGAAGCAGUCAUCCAAUAGAUGUGAGCUCAAUGACUCAUCAAAUAUUUUAGAUGAAGACAGCAAACUGAUUUCAUUGGGUUCGACUGGUCAGUAGAUGUCGACAAUAGUGGCACUGUUCAUUGAGGUUUAGCUGGGGACAGUUCUGUCCGACAGUGUGGAUUAUAAAGCCUAAUUAGUGGGUCAUCUUUUAGUGUUGAGUGCAGGCACUCAAUCAAGACCACAGGCUUAUUAUACCUGUCAACAGGAAGAGGCAUAGAGGAAAUGUUUUAGAUUUUAAACACUUCCAACUACUGUAUCAACAUGUCAAUUGACACUGACAUUGGUGUUUGCUAAUAUGAUUAAAUGUACAGUUCUUCACACCCAUGUUGACUUAGCCCCUUUACCCUUCUCUGUUUGUUUUGACCUGUCCCACCCUGUUCUUUUCAGCACAUCCUGGGCAUACGACUGUUUGUUUUACAGGUGUAUCAUGUAAAUGUAGUAGAGAAUGUACACGACACAAAAAUAAUGAUAAUAAUAAAAUGCCUUCUUUGUGGAAAUUGUU